AUUCAGUCUUUCAUUGGUGCUCACCGGCUGCGCGUGCUAAGCUCUGAAUAGGUCCAGAAUUGUGUUGUUCAGAUAUUCAGUAUUCAAACUCCGGGCAAUCCGCUGCCGCUUUAUAAACAAACAGUUAAACAAACCGCUCGAACGUCGCCGUGUGUGUGUGCUUUUCGCCCUCAUUGUGCUCUCGUGCAAAUGAAAAUUUCAUUGAGCAGAAAGUCGCAGCAGCAGCAGCAGCAGCAGAAAAGUGGAAAAUCCUAAAGCGGCACCAGCCACAGCAAAAAGAAAAUAAUUUUUAAAUCUCAAUCUCGGCAAGUGAAAUUUGAGUCGAGAACCAGACGCAGCAAUUAAGCCAAAUACAGACGAGUCAAGAAGAAUCCAUCGCUGGAAAACUGCCAAAAUUCAAUCAACGAAGCUUGUACCGCUAAAUCGAUCGCCGAAGAUGCAGUGCGGCCUGGAGCAGAUGAACGACUGUGAGCGGUCGCCGAACCGGACGAACCUCCGGGUCAACUUCAACGAGAAGGGCGCGGAGGUCAAGGAGCGGCGAGAGAAGUUCCUCACGGCCAAGUACGGGUCACACCAGAUGAGCCUCAUCCGCAAGCGACUGGCCGUCGAGAUGUGGCUCUACGAUGAGCUCCAGAAGCUGUUCGAUCCCCCAAAUGAGGCCAUCGAUGUGGACAUUGACGAGAUACUAGAUAUGGACACAGAUGACAUAAGAAGAUCUCAUCUUAUAAGAUUACUGUCAGUCUGCAAACGCCCGCAAUCAGACAUAUCGAAGUUCAUUGGCGAUCUGUUGGAUCGUGCAAAAACCCUGUAAAUCGCCAGCCCCUCACUCGAAAAAAUCAUCCAGCAGACCUACACUUAUAAUAUGCAGAUAAACAAUAAAUACCUAGAUCAUUAAGUUUAGCUUGGAACACAAAGAACAAAGAAUUCAGUUUGCAAGUCUUUAACUCUUUUAAUUCGAACACUGUGUUGACUUAUCCCAUGUACUUUAGUUGUUAGUUUGUAUCUUUGCGCCUAUUAAUUUGAAGUUAAACCUAAUUUAAGCUACCCUUGAAAAUGAUUAAACUGAUGAAGAUCAUUAGCCCUAAGCUUAUGGUGUAAUACCGAAAAAACAUAAUACUUCAUCAAUUUUGUGAUGAUAUUUUUUAAAAUAAAACACAAACAUGAUAUGGCCGAAAACCAAAAGCAAAUGUUUGGCUACAUUUGAAUGGAAGACCAUCGUAAAGGAA